UCCAAUGUGGCCUCACGACAAAAAUUAUAAAUGUCAACAGAUGUUUUCGAAUAAAAACAAAGUGUUUUACUUGUUGUAGAACUUUAAUGUUUAAGUUCUAUGAAUCAUGAGUAAUAAAUAAUGUGAAACAUUGUGAAUUAUAAAUAAAAAUAUUGAUAUUAAAAGUUCGUCUAACCUCUUUAUAAGAUUUUUUUAUGAGAAUGUAAAUAAUCAAAAAUUUUUCAAUGGAUCAGCUAUCACAACACCCUCAGUUUUCUGAGGAACCUAGUACAAAAGGUUUUGACAUAUCAGCGGGUAAAAGAUGGAUAUAUCCAGAGAAUUAUCCACUUCGUGAAUAUCAAUUUGCGAUUGUCAAAACAGCAUUAUUUCAUAACACUUUGGUGGGUCUUCCAACUGGAUUAGGAAAAACAUUUAUAGCCGCCGUUGUGAUGUAUAAUUUUUGGCGAUGGUAUCCAAUGGGCAUUAUUAUUUUUCUUGCCCCAACGAAACCGCUUGUUGCUCAACAGAUUGAUGCUUGCCACGAUAUUAUGGGAAUUCCUAUAAGUGAGACAAUCGAAUUAACUGGAACAGUUAACCAACAACAACGACAACAAGCUUGGACUAAAAAGCGAGUUAUUUUCGCGACUCCACAAACUUUUCAAAAAGAUUUAGAGAAAAAUAUUGUGCCUAUGGACUUAAUUAAAUGUGUAGUUAUUGAUGAGGCUCAUAAGGCAUUGGGUAAAUAUGCAUACUGUGAAAGUAUUCGUAUGCUGCAUGAAAAUAAUCCGUACUUUCGAGUCUUAGCUCUUUCUGCGACCCCAGGAAGUAAAUUGGAUGCUGUUCAAGAAGUUAUAAGAAAUCUUCAUAUUAGUCAUCUAGAACUAAGAGACGAUUGUUCGCCCGAUAUCAUUCCAUAUGUGAAUGAAAAAAAGUUUGAUAUUGUUCCAGUGAGUUUGGGUAAUGAAUUAUCCUCUUUUUAUGAACGAUAUUUAUCUAUAAUUGAUCCAUACUAUAGAGUACUAAUACAAAACAAAAUUCUAAGUUGUCCUCUAAAAAAUGUAUCUAAAGGAAGAAUAUUUAUGGCUCGUCAAGACCUACAAAAAAGAGCAAAAAACUCAUUUGUUAAUGGUAACGUUCAAAAGACUAUAGGUAUUGUAUAUACAAUGGUUUAUGCUAAAGAAUUAAUGACUAAUCAUGGCUUGAGAGCGUUUUGGAAUUUCUACCAAACUCACUCAGACAAAUAUUGGCUUAAGGAAGUGCCUGAUUUAGAAAUUUUAAUAAAAGAAAUAGAAGAAUAUUUAGGACCAUUUCCAAAUGUAGCUUCAAUAAUAAACACUGGUGUCAUGAAAAUUCCUGAUGAUAUUAAAUUUGGUCAUGAUAAAUUUCUCAAACUGAAAGACAUAUUGGCAGAACAUUUCCAAAAUGCUGCUAAUAAAAAAAUUGAUACCAGAGCUAUUGUUUUCGUUGAAUUCCGAGAUAGUGUAAAUGAGAUUUAUGUAUUGUUAUUACAAUUUCAACCUUUGGUGAGACCACAAAUUUUCGUUGGACAAUCCAAAGCAGGAUUGAAGCAAAAAGAACAGAAACAAGCUUUAAAUGAUUUUCGACAGAAUAAAGUCAACGUUUUAAUUUCAACGUCUGUCGGAGAAGAGGGUCUAGAUGUUGGUGAAGUAGACUUGAUUGUUUGUUUCGAUAAUGCAACACAUUCAACAACUCGAUUAAUACAGAGAAUGGGAAGAACAGGUAGAAAACGAGAUGGUAGAAUAAUAGCUCUAGUGACUGAAGGAAAAGAAAAUCAUGAAUUAAAAUCGGCAAUUUCAAGAAAAGAUACGUUUAAUAUGAAAAUUCUUCGAUCUAGUGGUAUAAUCAGUGCUUUAGACAAUGUAAGUCCUCGUAUGGUACCGUCGGACCUCAAUCCAGAAUGUCUAAAAAUGCGUAUAACUGUCAUUCCUGUUACUCCUCGAGGAAAGGCCAAACGAAAAACUGGAGUAUCCAAGAAAUCUAGAGAACAAAAGUCUAAAGUUGAUAAAAAAAAUUCAAAACAAAUUGACAAUGAUAGUUCAGGAAUCGAUAAAUGGAUUCAAAGUGAUAGUUCUAAUGUAAAGAAAAAAAAUCAACCAUCAUUGAUGAACUUUUUACAGUCGAAACCUUGUUUAUUAUCGAGUAUUCAAGAUAAUGAAAUGACUGAAAUGAGGGUAGAAGAAAUUCAAACAUUUCAAACUGAAAUUGUAUUACCAAAAGCAAAAAAUGUUCCUAAAGUAAAGUUAUCAGAUGCUAAAAUUAUAUCAUCUGACAGAGCGGCAGUUGAAUUUCUAACUUUAUGUGCCAUGAAGGAAUCAUUAAAAGAUCUAGUCUAUAGUAACAUAUUAAUAAAUAUUCCAUAUAUGUCGCAGGAUUGUGAAGAUAAUAUAGAUCCUUUCGCAGAUUUUGAAAUCCCAUCUUUACAAAUUUUGAACUGUCUCGAAUCGCUGGAAGAAUAUAUGCCCACUGUUCAUGAAAGUCCAAAGAAUGACUUCUACAUGAACGAUGAUUGGGAACCAAUUGAAUUUUCAAAUAACGUUGAUCAGACGGAAUAUUCUCCAUGUCCAAAAGAUACAGAUUUACCAAAAGGUCAAUUUGAAGAUUUAUUGGAUGAUUCAUGGGAUUCUGAUCAAACGAUGUACUGUCCUGAUGAUACCUUGCCUACUAUAGAACGUAUAGAACUCACAGUAAACGAAGAAAAUUGUGCUUUCCAAACAGAAACUACUAAUAUUAAGGAAGAAAAUCAUUCUGAAGCUCCUGACUUAUCACAUUCAGUUGUUGAAAAUGGUGCGUUUGAAGACUUAUUAAAUACUUCCACUGAUGACAGUAUCAUAGAAAUCCUUGAUGAAGAUUCACCUGUUAAAGUAAUAGAAGAAAAAAAAAUAAUUUCACCAAAAAAUAAAUUGCCCAAUAAAAAGUAUACUCCUUUGAUAACCAAGGCACUUACAAAAAAAGUUCAAACUCCAGAUAGUCCUUUUAAUAUCGAGUUCAGUAGUGAUUUUAGUGCAUUGGAAGAUGCACAAAAUGAUAGAUUACUUUCUAGUACUAUGGUAACCUCUAGUCCAAACGUAGUCAGCUCACGACGAAACUUAAAUUUUUCUGAAAUAAGCUCUAAGAUGGCAAAAGAAGUACAAGCUACUAAAAAACGUGUUUCUCUUUUCCAAAGAGAAAAAUCUCCAGAUCUUUCGAAAUCUUCUGCUGAAAUAAAGCAUGUAAAAAAUCAUACUAAAACACCUGUUGAUAUUAAAAAUGAAAAACCCAACGAGGAUGACAAUGAGAGUCUUCAUAUUUCAGAUGAUGACAUGUUUGGUGUUGAGAGUCUUUUGGCUGAUUCAGACUUUGAAGACCAAAUAACUGCUAUUGAAAAUUGUGAUACAAGUGAUGAGAAAAACGAAGAAAAAGGAGAAAACUCAGAACAACUAGAAAAGAAUAAACCUCUAGAGAAAAUACAGGAUGAAAAGAAAAAUCUUAACGACGAAAAUCAUGCGUCAUCAAAAUCUAUUGAGAAAAAUGAUGUGGAUGAAACUCUUUUAGAUGAUUGUGACUGGAGUAGUGAUUUUGAAGUACCACCUGCACCACUUACAGAAUCAAAAUAUUUUGAAAAAAGUUCUGACAUUGCUUCUUUUAAAAAAUCGAACGUUUCUCAACAAGACAAUACUUUGAAAUUUAAUGGUAAUUUACUGAGUCAAAAAAAAAUUAUCCUAAUUGGUUAUCGACAUCUAAAACGCAAUCUCAAGAUACUUCUUCAAAGAUAAAUAAACCAACGUAAUUUUCGUAAAAUUUUUUCAACAAAUUCUAUACAACCAACUCAUGGGGACUCUGGUUCAGACGACGAUUUUUUACCAACGAAAAUAGAAAAAGUGAGUUUAAGAAAUAAUGAAAGACCGAGUGAUUCAUCGACCUCAGUAGAGAAUAAAUUAACUCUUCAAAAGAGUGACAGUUCGAAACCCAUGUCGAUAACAAAUCCCAAGACUAAGUUUGCUGUCCCGGAAAAAUUUGCUCCAGAAUCUUCAAAGACCUCAGGUAUGAAUUCUCCAUGGAUUCAACGGAAAAGACCUUUCUCUUCUGAUAACUUAAAAAAACGUAAAAAAGAAAGAAGACAAAAAAAUACAAAGCGACGAAGAAAUGAAUUUAUUGAUGAUGAAGCUGAUGUUUCAUGUGAUAGCUCAAUAGGAAGUUCUGAUGAAGAUACAAAUGAUUCAGAUCUUGAUGAUUUUAUCAGUCAUACUCAAUAUCCUGACCAGAGUGUUGAUAUGAGAACACACUAUUUGCAAAGUUUGAAAAGUCCAAAGAUGCCUGGGAAAUUUUUAAUUAAACAGCCAAGGACAUUAAAGCCUGACGUUGAAAUAUAUUCCCAAGUUGUUGAAGAACAGAAUAAUUCUUAUGUUAAUGAUUCAUUCUGUGUAGGAGAUGAAGAAAUUUCAGAAGAAAAAAUAUCCUCAGAUGAAAUAUCUAUAUUAGAAGUAAUCGAAAAAAAACUAGAGAAAAAGAAACGAAAACGAAGAGAUUCUACUUCAAGUGGAUCUCGCUCAAAGCGAAAACGAAUAGCUCAAUGUGAUGAUACUAGUGAAGAUGAAAUGGAAAAUCUGCGAGCACAAAUUGCUGAAGAAUCAAUGUUAUUAAAAAAAUAAUGGUAUUCCAAAUAAUUGGAUAUUUAAUAAGCAAGCCAUGUACAUAUAUAGAAUGUUCUUAUG